AUGUCGUUGACGACGGACGGGAAGAGAUUCAGCCAUGGUCCUCCAACACGACAGAUCGGGGUCGUUUCUGCAGUGUUCAUCAUAUUCAAUCGAAUAAUUGGGACUGGGAUAUUCGCUACUCCAAGCACCAUCCUGGGCCUCAGCGGAAGUGUAGGGCUCUCAUUGCUGAUGUGGAUUGUUGGUGCUGCGAUCGCCGCCGCAGGUAUGCAAGUCUACAUAAUCUGGGGAACCGCUCUACCACAUAACGGAGGGGAGAAGAAUUACCUCGAGCACCUAUUUCCAAGGCCCAGACGGCUAAUCACGUCGAUCUAUGCAGCAAACGCUGUCCUCCUUGCCUAUGCAGCAGGCAACUCAUUGGUAUUCGCCGAAUAUACGCUCGCCUCCGUUAUGCCGUCAAAAUCGUUUGAGGAUUCGACAUCCCUGCUCUCGCCUGUCCGACUAGUGGCCUUCUUUUGCCUAACCGGUGCACUACUCCUUCAUGGGCUACACGUAUCCGCUGGUCUUCGACUUCAGAACGCUCUCGGCUUUCUCAAGAUCGGCAUUUUGGUCAUCGUCGUCGCGGCAGGGUUCAUCGCAUUGGGCGGGAAUCUGGAAACCGGAGUUCCGUGGCUAGGCAACUUCGAUAGUUGGGAGAAGGUGUGGGAGGGGACGAGGACGAGUGGGAGUGUUUUGUGUUCGUGUCUGUACAACGUUAUCUGGUCUUACGUUGGCUUCAGCAAUGCCAACUAUGCUCUUUCGGAGAUGCACAACCCAGCACGGACGCUCCGCAUCGCAGGCCCACUCGCCAUCGUCACUGUAACGAUCUUCUACCUCUUCUACCUGCUCUGCAACUUCGCCUACUUCGCCGCUGCAUCGAAAAAGGAAAUUACGGGCUCAGGCAGGCUAGUUGCUGCGCUGUUAUUCAGGAACGUCUGGGGCGAGCGGACGGAGCGCAUUCUCAAUUCCUUUGUCGCACUCUCGGCUUUGGGCAACGUGCUUUCGGUGUCGUUCUCUCAAGGCCGAGUGAACCAGGCUCUCGCCAAAGAGGACAUUCUCCCAUUCAGCAAGUUCUGGUCGUCUAACUGGCCCGCGAGUGCUCCUCUGGCAGGUCUUGGUCUUCAUUGGGUUGCCUGUAACAUCGUCAUCUUCUCUCUACCUGCAGGCGACGCAUACAACUUCGUCAUCAAUGUCAUCUCGUACCCACUCGCCGUCAUAAACGCCACGAUCUCCUUCGGGCUCAUCUACCUCGCUCUCCGUGGCUCGCCAAAUAUCAAACAAACCGAACAACCAUCGAGCUCAACACCUCUCCUCUCCUCGUCCCUCAACGAAUCGCAGCUGGAAUUCUCUCCGAAAGCCUCCCUCAUCUACCCAGCUCUCCUCUUCGGGCUAAUGAACGUCUUCUUGUUCGUUGUCCCGCUGACGAAGCCACCCCCUGGCGUUAAAUUCUAUGAGCAUCUUCCGUAUUGGACGCACGCUGCAGGGGGAUGGGGUAUUUUUGUCCUGGGGGCGUUGUGGUGGGUCUACCAUGACAGAUAUCGACGCCGUUGA